AUGGAAAAUGAUAUUGUUAAAAUAAGAAAGCUUGUCGUUGAUCAGAGAUUUAGGCCAUCAUUUAGUCUCGGUGUACCUAUCGAAUGGUCAAAAGUUGCCAAUAGAGCCAUGCAAGAUAGUCCAAGUGCAAGACCUCCUUUAAAAGAUAUCUUUAUGACAUUAAAUAGCAUUUAUCAAAUUUACAAACCGAGAAAAACACCGACUGCUUCACCGAUCUGUUUUCCCUCACAAUUAGAUUUACCGGAUCCUGACGAUUUAGAAUUAUCUUUGGAUUUAAGCGAAUUUGAAGUUGUUACAAUGAGCGUUAAAGAAGCCACGAUGGAACAUAGGAAAAAGAAUGGUAAUAGAUUGAAAGCAUGGAAGGCUUUUUGUCAACAUGCCGAAUUUGGCGAUACGCUUGCAAAGUAUUGGAAGGGUUAUUAUUUAUAUUAUGAUAUAUGUCCGGUAGAUGAUCCUAAAGACAAGGAUGCAAAACAAUUAAGAUUAAAACAAUCUAUAGAAUAUUUUAAAGAGGCCGCGGAUUUUGGUUUAGCAGAAGCUCAAUUAAGAUAUGGACAUUGUUUAUGGUCAGGUGAAUCCGUUAAGAAGGAUAUUAAAGGAGCUAUAAAAUAUUUUCAGAUGUCGGCCGAUAAUGGUAAUCAUACUGCCAUGUAUAACAUUGGAAAUAUAUUAUACAAUGGGAUUGGCGUUAAUAAAGAUGAAGAAAGUGGUAGUAAUUAUCUUAGAUUGGCCGCUUUAUCUCAUCAACCUAAAGCUCUUGACAUGUGUAAAGCUAAGGGUAUUAAAUUAGCUUGA